CGUCACCAUAAAAUGCAGUGAGUGACAAGCGCGCCAAAAGUUCAAGCGGAAGAAGCACCACCACCACCAUCCCAAACAGCAGACCACAAACAGCAUCGAGGACGAUGCCACUGCGAGGGAAGCGGGAUCUCGGGGCGCUGAUCCGCCGCAAGUUCAAGACAAGCGGGCUGCUUCUCCAGCGACCGGCAAGAGAGCUGCUACAGGAUGCCCUCUCCGCCGUGGCCCGGGAGCAGGACUUUGCCCAUGUCCAGAAAGCCCUCUCCCUCGUCUUGGACAACAUCAACACACUCACACUGAAGAGCAAUGCCAUUGAUCGAGACACAAUGGAGCAGGUGCUUUCUGCUCUCAACAAUUCCGGCGGCACGACCUCUGUGCUCGACAGGACCAAGAUGUUCCAGAUUGUCAACGCCUUUGAGGUUCCCGCCUUUGACUACGACCCAGACAAGAAGCGCUUCUUGCCGCACAAGACGGCGCCAACACUGGCCGCGGAUGCUGAUGCAAAGUCAGCCAUGUUCCGCCACAGAUUCAACGCCAUCAGACAGCGUUUGCUGCGUCGCAAAGAGUUUGCAACGCAUGCGAGUGCAAACAGUGCUGCAAUCAAGUUGACGACGGUGGAUGCGCUGCUGGGACUCUCGUCCUCCGAAUUCGACGACGACGACGACAGUGACUCGGAUGCUAAUGAGCUGGAUGAGGAUGGUGUUGUGGAACGCGCGCAGCGGCGAACAAAGGGGCCGCUUGUCACGGUUCUUGGCAUGAUCAGUCUCUUGCAAGAGGACAAGUGCUUCCUUGAGGAUCCUGACGGAAAGGUCGAACUUGUGGUGCAAAAUGCCGUGUUUCCUGACGCCCUGCUCACGGAGACAAGCAUUAUUCUCGUGGAAGGCGUGUACAGGGACAGGAAGUUGUAUGCGCACAACAUCGCAUCGCCGCCGGCGGAACCACGCGCCCAGACAGACAAUGUGUUUUCAGGCACCAAUUUCUUUGGCGGCCACUUUAAAGAAGACGAUCGGGCUGCCCUCAUUGAGGAGGAGAUGACGCAGGACAGCAUGUUUGUGAUUCUCUCGGAUGUCUGGCUCGACAAACCAGAGGUGCUUGCCAAGCUACGAACGCUGUUCGAAGGGUACUCUGGCGCCGAACCAGAGACAGUCAAGUACAUUCUCAUGGGAAACUUCCUCUCCGCGCCAUAUGGAAAGGACGCGCGACAAACACUCGAGCAAUGCUUCAACGAGCUGGCGGACAUCAUCGCGCAGUUUAACAUCACAAGCGACAUUGUGCUGGUGCCGGGUCCCCUUGAUCCAGGCUCGCCUUCCAUCCUGCCACGACCACCACUCCCGACCACACUCACCCGCCGCUUUCGCACCCGUGUGCCCAACGCCACCUUCACGACGAACCCAGCCAGGCUUCGCUUUGGUGCUCAGGAGAUUGUGCUGUUUCGCGAAGACCUGACGUCGAAGCUGCGCAGGAACUGUCUGUUGCCCCCACGCGACCAGGACGGCAACGACGCAGAGGACAUCAAGCUGCACGUAAUCAAGACCUUGGUUGACCAAAGCACGCUGGUACCACUGCCGUUGCACGUGCGCCCGGUCAUGUGGGGCUUUUCGCAGGCGUUGCAGCUGUACCCGGUCCCUGACGUGCUGGUCACGGGCGAUCGCACAGACACGUCCUCCAUGGCAUACGAGGGCUGCGUGUGGCUCAACCCUGGCGCGUUUUUCAUCUCAGACUACUCAUUCCUCUGCUUCUACCCCGGUCGAGCGAGAGCUGACGACCCAGCAGACACCGUCGAAUACUGCAAAGUGCCAUAAUUGAUGAUUGAUUGUUUGAAUUCCAUGCCAAUUUAUGUCCUCCUCGGCCUCUUCCUUCACCCCCUAUUGUUACAUCCGCAUUACACGGUUUUUCUCGG